AUUUUUUGUAACGUGAGUACUUGCAACGAAACUAUUGGGGAAGUUAAAGAAAGGCCAAAUAAAGGAGCUCUGCGAAAAUAGGCGACAAUGGGUGAAUUCAAAGUGCACCGAGUGCGGUUCUUCGAAUACAUGCCCAGCGCCAUUAGAACCAUAGCAUUCAACAGCUGCAUGGAGAGGUUGGCUUUGGCUCGAUCUGAUGGGUCAGUGGAGAUCUUCAAUUUCGCGGACAAUUAUUUUCAAGAAAAGGUGGUCCCAGGACAAGAUGGCAGGGCCAUUGAGGCUUUGUGCUGGGUGGGAAAACGUCUAUUCGGUGCAGGUUUGAAUGGAGACAUCACUGAAUACGACCUGGAGAACCUCAGGCCCAAAUACACCAUUGAGGCCUAUGGAGGACCAAUUUGGACCAUGAGCAGCAACAGCCAGGGAACACUCCUAGCAAUUGGUUGUGAGGAUGGAACAGUAAAACUGUUUGAAAUAAUGGAAGACACUAUUCAGUUUCAGAGAAACCUCGACAGACAGAAAGGUCGUAUCAUCUCUCUGUUCUGGCAUCCCUCUGGAACACUGAUUGCUGCUGGCAUGAUUGACAUGAUCAAAGUAUUUGAUGCUCAGUCAGGCCACUCUACACACAGGAUUCUUGUCAAUAGAUGUGUUGGAGCAUCUAAGAGAAAAGAGGUGGUGGUGUGGAGUGUAAUCUUUCUGUCUGACUACACCAUUAUCAGCGGAGAUUCAGCUGGAAACGUUCAGGUGUGGGAUGGACACAUGGGCACGCUGGUCCGAACUCAUUCGAUCACCAAGUGGGAUGUCCUGACCCUGUCUGUCUCAAAGGAUGAGAGCAGUGUGGUAGCUGGGACAUCAGAGGGCACAGUAGUCCAGUUCCAGUUUAUCCCUUCGACUAUGGACCAGCAAGACAAGGAGUGGGUCCGAACCAAGACCUUAAAGAACCACACACAUGACAUCCGGGCCCUGGCCCAGACGGAGACAGCUGUGGUUUCAGGAGGUAUGGAUACUCAGCUGGUAGUGAGACCUCUGAUGGAGAAAGUGGAGAGGAACACCCAGGAGGCAUCAUUGCGCAAAAUCAGUUUCCCACAUAGGAGUCUGGUGUCCUGUGCAAAGAAGGCAGGAAUGCUGCUCUUCCAAUUCCCUGACCAUCUAGAGUUAUGGAGACUGGGGGAGAGUGAUGGACAUGGAAAGUCGGGCGAUACUCUACCUGUAAAGAAGAAACCGGAGAAACUGGUUCACUUGAAGAGGAAGGGAGUGGACCAUAUUUGCUGCAGUGCGCUGUCUUCUUGUGGAGGUUGGUUAGCGUACUCCUCAGUCUCCAGGUUGCAGGUCUACAGAUUACAGUACAACAACAACAAUGUCACCAUCACCAAGGUGGCCAAGCUACCAAAGAUCUUACAGUCCGCCCACCAGCUUUGUUUCUCUCCCGACUCCACAAAACUCUUUGCUACUUCAAGCCAGUCAUCAGUCAUUGUUGUCUCCCUCAGCCAGUCAGAAUGCAAGUAUGUGGACACCCUCAAGGCCAAGUCAGGCGCAAGACAGCCAAUUCACUUGAUGUUUGCCAGUGAGGACGGCAAAUGGCUAGCCACGGCAAACACUGGUUGUGAGAUCCAUGUGUACAACCUUCACAAACUAAAGCUCCACUGUAAAGUUCCAAUCUACAGCUCCUGUCCCACUGCAAUGGCUAUCAGCCCAUCAACCAGCAACCUAGUCAUGGUACAUGCUGACCAACAGAUCUUUGAGUUCUCCCUAGCAACUAAGGAGUACACAGAGUGGAGCCGGAAGCUCCAGAAACGAGGCCUGCACCAUUUGUGGACUGAGAGGGACACACCUGUUACACAUGUCACCUUUAAUUCGAAAAAUCCCGCACACAUCAUUCUGCAUGAUACGUACAUGUUCUGCAUAAUCGACCAGAGUCUGCCCCUCCCUGACCAGCAGACUCUGCUAUACAAUCAAAUGAGCCUAAGGAGUCUGCCAGAGCGGGAGAGGAUUAGACGGAGCCAUGCCUUCAAGAUAUGUAAGACUUACCAGCAUCUGAUGUGUGUGAAUUUACUGGAGGACCAUUCUCUUGUGGUGGUGGAGCGUCCUAUUUUGGAGAUCACUUCUCAACUGCCUCCACCAGUUUGGCAGAAGAAAUUCAGUACCUAAAGGAAAAUGCUGUGCCUGCUUUCCUAGAAGCAUCCUCAGCCCUAGAAAACUGCUUCUCAGCUAGUGGGGUCAUAACUUAAACAUUGGUUGCAAGAUGUCAUGGACAAAAAAAAACCCUUAGUUUCAUGGCUGAGGAUAAGAUUUGGGUCCUGUUGCAAAGCAUACUGAGAACAACUGCUUCACAACCUUUUUUUUCCUCAAUGGUUGAUUCGAGGAGAGGAUUGUGACGCUAAGACAAUUUUGAGAAUCACAGCCGUAGCUGAGUUCAGUUUCUUUCAAAAAUACAAGUUCCCUCCAACUUUUUUCCAGUGUCUUCAAUUGCAUCACAUUAGGUAGAAACCUACCUAAUGUGAUGCAAACACCGUGAAUUUUUCUUUUAUGAGAGGGAGUUGCCCGAGUUGGAAAUGAGCCCUUGUUUUGGCAUGAUGAACUACACUACCGUUCAAAA